UUCCCAUGGUGUUCCUUAUCUUCCCAUAUUUUUUAAAUGGACAUUGCAAAAUUCACUUUAAAUUUAAUUUUAUUUCUAUAAGAUAAACAGAUUGGGAACACUAAAAAACAAACAGAACUCUGGCUCUGCUCCGUGCCAUGGUGGUAGUACAGACACUCUUUUGGCAGGAAGUAUUGAUAAGUUUCUGGACUAAAGCGAAAGUAGGGAAUUAAAAGUUAACACCAAAAUUGAAACAAAGCCAUGUUUUGUGAAGCGCACACUAAUAGCAGUCCAUUGGAUCAAAGGAUAUGAUCUCACUUCACAGUAAAACAGGUCUUGCAAGCCCAGGUAACUCAGGAAGCAAAAUGGUAAUUAUUCACAGAAGAAAGCAGGUAGUAUACUGUUACAUUACUACAGGGGAAAGUCAGAAGGUCACCGGGCUUGCAGGGUAACUGACACAGCUGAAACUGCUUGGCCCCCUUUAAACAAAAGUAGUAAAAUGGGAGAGAAUGAAGCAAGUUUACCUAAUACUACUUUGCAAGGUAAAAAGAUGGCCUAUCAGAAGGUCAGUGGAGAUCAAAGAGCUCCAGGACAUUCACAGUACUUAGACAAUGAUGACCUCCAAGCCACUGCACUUGACUUAGAGUGGGACAUGGAAAAGGAACUGGAGGAGCCUGGUUUUGACCAGUUCCAGCUAAACAGUGCUGAGAAUCAGAACCUGGAAAAUUCAGAGACUGCAGACCUCAAUCUUGAUCCCAUUCAACCAGCAACUUCACCCAAAGGAAGGUUUCAGAGACUUCAAGAAGAAUCUGACUAUGUGACCCAUUAUACAAGAUCUGCACCAAAGAGCAACCCCUGCAACUUUUGCCGCCUUUUAAAAAUAUUUUGCAUGGCAAUCAUUUUAUUUAUUUCUGGAAUCUUGAUAGGCUAUUACUCACAUAAAAAUUGCCCUUCAAAUGCUACAUCUUCAGGAACCCUUGAUCUUCAGUUAUACCAGGAGAUUCUCAAGACAAUCCAAUCAGAAGAUAUUAAGAAGUCUUUCAGAAACUUGGUACAGCUGUACAAAAGUGAAGAUGACACGGAAAUUUCAAAGAAGAUUAAGACUCAGUGGACUUCUUUGGGCUUAGAAGAUGUACAGCUUGUAAAUUACUCUGUGUUGCUGAACCUGCCAGGUCUUUCUCCCAGCUCUGUGACUCUGAGCAGCAGUGGCCAGUGCUUUCAUCCUAAUGGCCAGCCUUGCAGUGAAGAAGCCAGAAAAUGGAGCAGCCAAGACCUGCUAUAUUCAUAUGCAGCCUAUUCUGCCAAUGGAAUUCUCGAGGCUGAAGUCAUUGAUGUGAGUUAUGGAAAUGCAGAUGACUUAAAGCGGAUUAAAAAAAUGAAAAAUGUCACAAAUCGCAUUGCACUCUUGAAAUUAGGAAAAUUGCCGCUACUUUAUAAGCUUUCCUUAUUGGAAAAGACUGGAUUUGGAGGUGUUCUUCUAUAUAUUGAUCCUUGUGAUUUACCAAAGACUGCAAAUCUUAGCUAUAAUACCUUCAUGGUAUCACUGAAUCCAGGAGGAGACCCUUCUACACCUGGUUAUCCAAGUAUUGAUGGAAGCUUUAGACAAAACCGAUCAAACCUCACCUCUCUACUAGUGCAGCCCAUCUCAGCAUCUCUUGUUGCAAAACUCAUCUCUUUGCCAAAGGAUAGAACCACAAAUGGUGCCUGCAGCCCUCUAGAACUUCCAAAUAAUGAGGAAAGAAUUGUCAACAUGAAAAUUCAAACAGUCACAAAAUUUGAAACAGUUACUAAUGUUGUUGGAUAUUUAAAGGGGGUGACAUUUCCAGACCGUUAUGUCAUAGUUGGCAGCCAUCAUCAUACCGCUCACAGUUAUAACAGACAAGAAUGGGCCAGCAGCACUGCCAUCAUCACAGCUUUUAUCCGGGCCUUGAUGUUAAGAGUUAAGAAAGGGUGGAGACCAGACCGUACUAUUGUUUUCUGCUCAUGGGGAGGAACAGCUUUUGGAAAUAUUGGCUCCUAUGAAUGGGGAGAGGAUUUCAGGAAGGUUCUGCAGAGAAAUGUUGUGGCUUACAUUAGUCUCCACAGUCCUGUAAGGGGUAACUCAACUCUCCACUCUGUUGCUUCACCAUCUCUUCAGCAACUGGUAGCUGAGAAAAAUAAGUUCAAUUGUCCCAGAAGAGAUCAGUGCCCCAAAACCAAUAUCAGUUCUGAGCAGAUGCAGGAUGAUGCUGAUUACUUCAUCAACCAUCUCGGAGUUCCCACCAUGAGGUUUACUUAUGAGGACAUCAGAGCAUUAGAGGGUCCAAGUUUUCUCUCUGAGGCUCUUUUUCCUAAACAUGCAAUAAAAGUUGAAGAAAUGGAUCCGUUUUUCAAUCUUCAUGAGACCAUUAUCAAGCUCUCAGGAGAAGUGAUUUUGCAAAUUGCCAGUGAACCAGUUCUGCCCUUUAAUGCUCUUGAUAUAGCUUUAGAAGUUCAAAACAACCUUAAAGGUGAUCAAACCAGCACCCCUCAACUGCUAGCCCUGGCCUCACGCCUGCGGGAGAGUGCUGAACUCUUUCAGUCAGAUGAGAUGCGUCCUGCUAACGACCCCAAGGAAAGAGCUCCCAUUCGUGUGCGGAUGCUGAAUGACAUUCUCCAGGACAUGGAGAAGAGCUUCCUAGUGCAGCAUGCACCACCAGGGUUUUACAGAAAUAUCCUGUACCACCUUGAUGGGAAGACAAGCCAGUUUUCAAUACUCCUGGAGGCUUGGGAGCACUGCAAGUCACUUGCAUCAAAUGAGACCCUUCAAGAAGCCCUGUCAGAGGUGUUGAACAGCAUUAAUGCAGCUCAGGUUUACUUCAAAGCAGGACUUGAUGUGUUUGAGAGUGUCUUAGUUGGAAAGAACUGAGAAAACUCUCAGCAUUUUAAAAAGUUUGUUUACAAUUCCUCAAGCAAAAGCUCUAAUCUCACCAGAUUUUCUGACAUGGAAGACUUUUUCCCCUCAAUAGCUUUUUAUAUAAGUAUAAAGCUAUCCUUCCUUUGUAUUUUUUGAUGUACAUGUAAAAAGAGCAUUUUGCACAUUUAAUAUUUUUCUUAUAUCUAGAUUUCUGAUUAUGUAAAAGCAAGCUAUUGAAAAUAAUACUUAAGAUUUAUCUAUUAAAAAGAAAUCUGCUGUAUUUAUAUAUAUAUAUGAAAUAUUUGGGGAAAGAAAUUUCCAAGAAGUUCUGGACAAUCUUUGUUCCUGUGGAUAAAACAUGCAGGAAUAGAAAUGAUUCCCUAUGUUAGAGCUUUAAUGACCUACCUUCUGUAAUAGAAAUGGACAGUUGAUAUGGUUUCAGAUUAACUUUUACUAUCAAAUAUUCAAUAUGAACACAAGUAUUCUGACUGAGUGAUUGGUUGAUGAAAACCACUUUGAAUGUGUCUAUUUUAUGAAAUGAAGUGCCUGUUUAUAACACAACUAGAUGUAGUAAUACACUGGUUAUGAAAAUGUAUUUUUUUAAGUAUUAAUUAAAAAAAAAAAAAAAGAGCCAUAAACAUUCCAGGGGAAAAUCGCAAGGUAGCUGCACAGAGCAAUUUAAUUGUAAGUUUUUUUCCUAACCACUUAUAAGGUGACUAGCUUUGAAAUCCCUCAUUUGUAUCAGUUGAUUUUGUAAAAAUUUCAGGAGUGAUGUAUGUCUUAUGAGGGAGAAAAUAUGUAUUUCUUCCUGUGUUGUUUCUGUUGGAAGCACUGAAAUAGAGCUACUCUAAAAUGAAAGCAUCUCACUUUGCUCCUCAUUCAUGUAUCUUUUCUGAAACUCCUUGCUGAAAGGCAGUUUUCUCAGAAUACCAUAUAAUUUCCACAGGAAAGUAGCAAAGUUUCUCUUUGAAAACCCAAAAUAUCUUAAAAAGUAUCAAUUGCUAUUUCUGCCAUUAACAAAAAAGGUCUUCUGAUGAAUGAAAUAGUUGUUUUGAUCAACAAAAAAGCUCCUCAAUUCUAUGAAAAAAACUUUUUUUCCCUUCUCUAUCCUUACUUGUGAUUGAGAUGACAACACAUAAUAUAUUCAUGCUUCUACUUUUAGGCAGAAAAUAUUGUAUUACUUUAAGAGUGUAUCUUUCCCAGGCUUCAGUUCUUCUCUCAUGUUGAAAAUGAAGCUUUUCACACUAAGGAAUGGCCUUAGUAUCCGCUAUUCCCCCAAACCACAGAAUUCCAUUAAGUGUUUAAACUCUGAGUCUACCUUUAGAAAUUGAUUUGGUAUUGGAUAAAGCAAUUUUUCUUAGGAAGCAUAUCUUCAGAAUAUUUCAUGUGGAUUAUUUUUCUCUAACAUAACAUCAAACACAUGUCCCUAUUACACACCUCAAGAGCAACUUCACAAACAGUGCCUAUAGGUCUAAAUCUUUGCUGUGUAUGAAUGAAGAUACACCUAAUCUUAGUUUAAAGGAAAACUGAAGUUAAAGGGAAAGAAUUAGUCAGCAUUGAUUAACUGAUUUAUAAGGGUCAGCUGUUCUUACUAUCAGUAAUGUUUAUACGCUCAAGGCAAAGAAGAGAAUUGAAGCAGUUAGCUAGAUAUUUCAGGCAGAAACUCAGUUUCAGUGAAUUGCUUGUGUGCCCAUAUUUUACAUAAGAAAGGAAACUACCUUACAACAUGUAUUCCUAACCAAUGCAUGUGUUUGUCUGAAAGUAUUUGCUGUGUUGAGAAGUGGCUACAGGAAGGGGCUAAAGAACCAAACUCCCACAUGCCUUGGUGUCAGUGCCCUCUCUCCUGCAGAAAAGAAGAGAAAAGAGGCAGGAGGAAUACACAUAUGGAUUUGUGUCAGGUCAAUAAUAGAAUCCCUAUACCAAAGGAUCAGAAAUAGUGACUUGUUUCAGUGUGUUCAUUUUAAUUCUUCCUUUGGAGCUGGAUUUAAAACAGACAAAGACAAAUAAAUAUCGAUUUGAUAGUUUAUCAUUUCAGAACAAAAUCCCAAGUAAAUUCACUCCUUGGUGUUGAGAACAUGAAUGUUUGUGUUUGCACAUUUUUGUUGAAAGAUUGUGCAUGUAGCUAACCCGCACUGCACAGAUCAAAGUCUCAAUAUUCUGUGCUUAUUACUUCUAAAUCAUGAUAUUUGAUACUUAGAAACUGAAGUUAACUAUGGACUAACAUGUUUUUAUUAGUCUAUUUAAGAGAUGAUGUGAGGAAACAAUUAUAAUUGAAACAGACAUCCACCAAUUCUAUAAAUGCUGCUCAUCUUGGACUAAAACAAACCUCUUAACUAGGAACAUUACUGCUAUAGUCUGAUUACCUCAGGGUUCCUUGAAAUUUAUAUCAUUUAAAUUUUUCCCUAAUGAUCCCAGUAAAUAAAAUCCUGUGCAAGUUAUUAACAAGUAUUUUAAAUGAAUUGCUAGUUAGGUUAUAUCUGAAAUAUCUGGGUGCCUGGUACUUCUCACCACCUCAUACAUAGCAUUGUGCCAGUCCACAAUGAAUCAUAAAUAAUUAUUCCCCCAAGAAAAGGUGGCAGAUGUGGACCACUGCAAUUUGGGUUCAGGCAGGGUACACCUGGAAUACCGCUCUUUGUGAAAAAAUACAGAUUCCAGAGUCAAAAGAAAGCCUAAGACUUUCUGAUUCAAGUCUGAGAAUAUUACCUUCAGUCAGGGAAAGCAUCAGCACUCCAUUAGAUACAGUAACUGCAGACAAAGUGGUCACGGAAUUGGGAUAGAGUCACAGUUUUAGUAGCAGAAGGGCUGCUAAAAUUUAAGCUUGUUUGUUUUCUCAUAGAGUUCUAAAUGGUCUUUUCCAGUAUAUUCUAGGUGGUGCAGAGGUUAAAGCAUCUGCCUGCAAUAUGGGAGACCUGGGUUCAAUCCCUGGGUCGGGAAG